AUGGAGCACUGGACCGCUCACUGGAUGGCUGCGACUGCAAUUCUGGAUGAUCGAGAGUUUACGAUUAUUAAUGUGUACGCGCCCGUGCUGAUGUCCGAGCGGGAGAAGCUGUUUCAAUCGCUCGAACACGUGGUAUCCAGUGUCGAUAGUCCGGUGUUUCUUUGCUGCAAUCUCUAUUGCACGCUUUUAGAUUCUCGCGAUCGGUCUUACACUUCUCGCUGGAACAGCCAUGACCCUCCGGCACUGCGCCGCCUUCUGGAUUGCGGCGGCUUAACUGAUGUUUUGGAUGACGACAUCGACGACCACGAUUCGGACAUUGAUUGGCGAGUCAAACAUCACACGUAUUUCUAUACGAUGCCGGGUGGGCGUGAGGCAAGCUGUCGACUUGACCGGUGGUACUGCUCGGCCGUCGACGGAGAAUGGGUACGCGUAAUCGGCACGUCUAUUCCUGGUCCUUUCUCCGAUCACAACGGUGUUUCAAUACGUGUGGCAGUUCCUGGACGGACUGUGCAGGUGAAGUCGCGAAGGCAGUUGUACCCGCCGCCUAGGUACGCUGUGCGAGAGUACGAGUUGAUGACGACGGACUUUUUUCAACGUGCAUCGGGGACCCUUGAAGGCGUCAUCGCAACAGCAGACACCGUUACGGAACAAGCCCGGGCAACGGCCAUAUGGUGGGAUGCUGAAAAAGCUGGACUGCGACAGAGAUACUCCGAUGCGGCCAAGGAUGCUCGCCGAAAAUCUACGACCGGCUACCGACAGCGCCUAAAGCGGCUUACCGCCCGUCUGGCGACCGCGAUCCGAGAAACCCCUGGUCCGGGUGCUGAUCCGUCUCAAUCGGUCAUCCAAGCCCGACGUGCGGUAGUAGAUUGCAAGGCCAAGUGGCAGAAGAUGAAACGUCGAUCGCUUUUUCGGUCCCAUGCACACCAUCCGGCACGGUCACAAAAAAAAUUCUACCGCAGAGUGUCGACCAAGUUUGUCGAUAAUACGGUGUACAGCCUACGGGGUCCUACUGGCCUCGGCCAUCAUCGGGCACGUGAUCUUGCACAGGAUAUGCGUGAGGGCUGGCGCGCCAUCAUGCAACAAACGCCUCCUGAUAAAGCGAUCGUCACUGAUUUCCUCGACUCGCUUCCUCCGCGGGACCAUGGUCCCGACCUUUCGGUUCUCAGCGACGAAUUAACAGCAGCUGAGGUGCUAACAUCUAUUCGUCGCUGCAAAAGGGGUAAGGCGUGGGGACCGGAUUCGCUUAAUAACGACUGGUACCGCGACAAUGAGGCCUACCUUGUACCUCUACUGACAAGGGUAUUUAACGUGUGCGCACUUGGCGGCAUCUUGCCGGGCACGUUCGGUCAAGCUGUAGUGGCGUGCAUAAAGAAGUCGAGGAGUGCGGCAUCACCACUUGACUAUCGACCGAUAUCUCUGUUAAACUCGGACUACAAAGUCUUCACACGGAUUUACGCGUCCCGCCUCAGACCGCUGCUACCAACUCUAGUAAAUCCUCUCCAAACUGGUUUUGUACCUCGAAGAGAGAUGGCGACGGUACUUGAUAUCUUCGCUGCUGCUAAAUUGUGUGCAUGUAAUGAUCCCGAAUUGCACCGCUCGCUCAUGUUGCUGUUGGAUUUCUCAAAGGCGUAUGAUUCGCUUUCACGCAAUUUUCUUCUCGCCGUGAUGAGCCGACUCGGCUUCCCGGCAUCGUUUGUUCAUCUCACCUCGGCUCUUCACAUGGGUACAAGAAGCCAAUUCAUCGUAAACGGCUACAUGUCCGAUCCUCUUGAUGUCGGGUGUGGUAUACGCCAGGGUUGCCCGCUGGCACCCUUGCUUUUUAUCAUUGCGGUGGAACCUCUUUACGAGAUACUACAUAGCACGGUGAAGGGUGUUCGGAUCGCAAACACGUCGGAGACACUGGAGAUCAAGGUAUGCGGGUACGCGUAUGAUACUGCUGUGUACGUUCAGUCCCCGGAGGAAGUGUCUGUGGUCAUGCGGACUCUAAUGCGAUUUGGGGCGGCUUCUGGGCUGGUCAUUAAUGCUUCGAAGUCUGUGGCGGUUCCUCUGUGUGCCGGUGUGAGCAUUGACCCCACACUUUUGCACGGUUUUAAGCUGUUACAGGCGGGCGAGAGCCAGACGAAAGACAAACACGGUCAGGAGCCGAGCUCUAUUAGCCUCGGCUUUAAUCAUUCCCAGGGUCACGUUUCUCGCGAGACACUCGUGGCCUACCCGUGA